AUCAACCUUCGCUUUGCGCACUUUCGGAAAACACGCAUUGCAAUUUUUCUAUAUGCUUUUUGGUGCUCUACGUUUCUCAGUGUUUACAGUUUCAUAAUUGUUGUAAAAUAUCUUACUGGGUCCCGGAGCUUAAUGUGAAGCUUUAAAAGGACAACCGCACGAGAACUUGGUCGACAAAAUCUUUUCACUGAGCUUUUUAGCUGAGCUCCAACCUCACUGUGGUUCUGCAACUUUUUAUUACUGCUUUCAGAGUUUUUUGUCCUUGACUUGGAGGUGUGUGAUAGGACCCUUUUGGGGUGGCUAAACUUUCUGAGUUGUUGUUAAUCAUUUUGUAUCACAACUUUGUUCCACAGGUGGAGUGUAUAGCAGUCACUGAUGUCUGAUAUGAUGAGGCAGGGGAAUGAUGUCCUGCAUGAUGAAGAGCUUAAACAUGAUGAGACAACGGCACCAGAGAGCACCACAAACGGGGAAAAGAAAGAAAAGAGACAACAAAAGGCAAAGGCUGAAAGGGUUCCAUAUCACAGGCUGUUCUUAUUUGCAGACUCCACUGACAUCAUUUUGAUGGUUGUUGGCACCAUUGGAGCCAUUGGAAAUGGCCUUGGGAUGCCUCUCAUGGCAUUUCUUUUCGGGGAACUCAUUGAUAGUUUUGGCAAUAACCAGUUUAGCCCCAACGUUGUCAAACAAGUUUCCAAGGUUUGCUUGAGAUUUGUGUACUUAGGAAUAGGUACCGGCGUGGCUGCUUUCCUCCAGGUGACUUGCUGGACGGUCACAGGGGAAAGACAGGCUACAAGAAUAAGGGGCUUGUAUUUGAAAGCUAUACUAAGACAGGAUAUUGCUUUCUUUGAUAAGGAAACUAACACUGGAGAGGUGAUAGGGAGAAUGUCAGGUGACACUGUUCUCAUACAAGAUGCUAUGGGUGAGAAGGUUGGGAGAUUUCUGCAGCUAGUAGCAACCUUUUUUGGGGGCUUUGUGAUUGCAUUUAUCAAAGGGUGGCUUCUAACUGUUGUCAUGUUAUCCGUUGUUCCGCUUGUUGCUGCUGCUGCCGCUGCUAUGGCCCUUAUCAUAGGAAUGAUGGCAAGCAGAGGCCAAAACGCGUAUGCGAAAGCUUCACAAGUAGUUGAAGAAACAAUAGGUUCAAUAAGAACUGUUGCAUCCUUUACAGGGGAAAAGCAAGCAGUGUCCACUUACAAGAAAUUUCUUGCAGAUGCUUAUAAAUCAGGAGUUCAUGAAGGUUUAGUAGGUGGAAUAGGUUUUGCCAUGGUUUUGUUCGUUAUGUUCUGUGGUUAUGGCUUGUCUGUAUGGUUUGGCGCAAAAAUGAUAAUGGAAAGAGGAUAUGGUGCGGGUGCGGUGGUUAAUGUGUUUGUUGCUGUGUUAAAUGCUUCCAUGUCUCUGGGUCAGGCAUCUCCUUCUAUGAAUGCUUUUGCUGAAGGUCAAGCAGCAGCUUAUAAAAUGUUUCAGACAAUAGAGAGAAAGCCAGAGAUAGAUGCUUAUGACACAAAUGGAAAAAGGCUAGAGGAUAUUCAUGGUGAAAUCCAUUUGAGGGAUGUUUAUUUCAGCUAUCCCGCGAGACCUGAGGAGUUGAUAUUCAAUGGAUUCUCUCUUCAUAUAGCUAGUGGCACCACAGCAGCUUUAGUAGGACAAAGUGGAAGUGGGAAAUCUACAGUUAUCAGUUUAAUUGAAAGAUUCUACGAUCCACAGGCUGGUGAAGUUCUUAUCGAUGGCACUAAUGUGAAAGAAUUUGAGCUCAGGUGGAUCAGAGGAAAAAUUGGCCUUGUCAGUCAGGAGCCAGUGUUAUUUGCAUCUAGCAUUAAGGAUAAUAUUGCGUAUGGAAAAGAUGGAGCAACAGUUGAAGAGAUAAGAGGUGCAGCUGAACUUGCAAAUGCUGCUAAAUUCAUUGACAAACUGCCACGGGGAUUGGACACAAUGGUUGGUGAGAAUGGAACUCAAUUAUCCGGUGGACAGAAGCAGCGCAUUGCAAUUGCAAGAGCAAUUCUGAAAGAUCCAAGAAUUUUACUUUUAGAUGAAGCAACAAGUGCACUUGACGCGGAGUCAGAAAGAAUAGUGCAAGAAGCUCUAGACAGAAUCAUGGUCAACAGAACUACUGUCAUUGUCGCACAUCGCCUGAGAACGGUGAGAAAUGCUGAUAUGAUUGCAGUAAUUCAUAGAGGGAAAAUGGUUGAACAAGGAAGACACGAAGAAUUAACCAAGGAUCCUGAGGGAGCAUACUCUCAACUUAUACGUUUACAAGAAGGAAACCAGGCACCAGAAGAAACAAGAGACAGCCACAACAAGAGGGAACUUUCCUCGGAAUCCUUUAAAAAGUUGAGUCAAAGGCUGUCAUUUCGAAGAUCAGGAUCAUCUGUGGGGAACAGUAGCCGCCACUCCUUUUCAGUUUCAUUUGGUUUGCCUACAGCAAUUAGCAUCCCUGAUCCAGGCCUUGAAAACUCACAGCCUCAAGAAAAAUCGCCAGAAAUUUCACUCUGGCGCCUUGCUUCCCUCAAUAAGUCCGAGAUUCCAGUGCUUCUGAUUGGAUGUGUAGCUGCAGUAGCAAAUGGUGUUAUAUAUCCAAUAUUUGGCGUGUUGCUCUCCAGAAUUAUCAAAACAUUUUUUAAGCCUUUUCCUGAGAUGAAAACGGAUUCCCAGUUUUGGGCACUCAUGUUUGUGAGCCUUGGAAUUGCAUCUUUAAUAGCAAUUCCAGCCAGAAGUUACUUUUUCUCUGUGGCUGGUACUAAGUUAAUCCGACGAAUCAGGCUCAUUUGUUUUGAGAAGGUGAUCAACAUGGAAGUUGGGUGGUUUGAUGAGCCUGAGCACUCUAGUGGUGCAAUUGGUGCAAGGCUCUCAGCAGAUGCUGCAUCAGUGCGCGCCCUUGUUGGUGAUGCUCUAGGACUAUUGGUUCAAAAUAUAGCCACAGCAUUGACAGGUGUGAUCAUUGCUUUUGUUGCGAGCUGGCAAUUAGCGUUUAUUGUUCUUGUUUUGGUUCCCCUUAUUGGAAUGAAUGGCUAUAUCCAAAUGAAAUUCAUGAAGGGAUCCAGCACAGAUGCAAAGAUGAUGUAUGAGGAAGCAAGCCAAGUUGCUAAUGAUGCAGUUGGAAGCAUAAGAACAGUAGCUUCUUUCUGUGCAGAGGAGAAAGUUAUGGAACUAUACAGGCAAAAAUGUGAAGGUCCCAUGAAAACAGGGAUUCGACAAGGCUUGAUAAGUGGAACAAGUUUUGGUCUUUCAUUUUUCUUGCUCUUCAGUGUCUAUGCAACCAAUUUCUAUGCUGGAGCCAGACUUGUGGAAGCUGGCAAGGCAUCAUUCACAGAUGUUUUUCUGGUUUUCUUUGCUUUAACUAUGUCAUCGGUUGGAAUUUCCCAAUCAAGCUCCCUUGCUCCUGAUUCUAACAAAGCCAAGAUAGCAACUGCUUCCAUAUUUGGAAUAAUUGACAGGAAAUCGAAGAUAGACCCUAGUGAUGAGGUCGGUAGCACACUGGAUAAUGUAAAAGGAGAAAUACAGAUUCGUCAUGUAAGUUUUAGGUAUCCAUCAAGGCCAGAUAUACAAAUUUUUCGAGACUUAAACUUGACCAUCCAUUCAGGCAAGACUUUGGCUAUUGUUGGUGAAAGUGGGAGUGGAAAAUCCACGGUGAUUGCGUUGUUACAGAGAUUCUAUGAUCCUGAUUCUGGUCAAAUUACAAUUGAUGGGGUAGAAAUUCAGAAUUUAAAACUCAGGUGGUUAAGGCAGCAAAUGGGACUUGUAAGCCAAGAGCCAGUUUUGUUCAAUGACACCAUCCGUGCCAAUGUUGCAUAUGGAAAGGAAGGUAACGCUAAUGAAGCAGAAGUCAUAACCGCUGCGAAAUUGGCCAAUGCACAUGGCUUUAUUAGUGGCUUACAACAGGGUUAUGAUACAGUAGUGGGAGAAAGGGGAAUCCAACUGUCUGGUGGGCAGAAGCAAAGGGUGGCCAUUGCACGUGCUAUGAUUAAAAGUCCAAAGAUUGUGCUACUUGAUGAGGCCACAAGUGCACUAGACGCUGAGUCAGAGAGAGUUGUUCAAGAUGCCUUAGAUAAAGUGAUGGUGAGCAGGACCACUGUGGUUGUGGCUCAUCGUUUAUCCACAAUAAAAAAUGCAGAUGUGAUUGCAGUGGUAAAAAAUGGCAUUAUAGUGGAGAAAGGAAGACAUGAAACGCUUGUUAACAUCAAGGAUGGGUUUUAUGCUUCCUUGGUCCAACUUCAUACAAGUUCUACAACACCAUGAUAUUUCUUCUUUCACUUUUCCGGAAAGGUUCUCCUUCUUUCCACAUUAGUCUUGUGAAGUUCAAUAAAAGUGGUGGAAAUAAACAUAUAUUAGCUUCACUUUCCGUAGAAAAAAGCCACUCCUUUUCUUUGUUAGUGCAAAUGAACAGGAAUGAAUUGACAGUCAAGAAGUAGAAAAGGACGAAAUUGUACGUAAACAUAACAGCUUGUUGGAGAUAUAACAACUUUUACUAGUAAGAACGUAAUACAUGAUAAACAAGUGAAUUUGUCA